CGCCUGGUUCACGUGAUCUCUUCUCUGCCGGCUAAAGCUAACUAAGGUAUCCGGAAGUGGCUCUUUCGCAGGCGAACUCUGCCCGGCCUGAAACACGUGCUCACGAUAGCGAGGUUCCUCUAGCCCCUGCCCCGGUUGGUUCGGUCCAGGUUCGGGGUGGGGGGUGGGGCCGGGCCAGCCCAACCGAGCCAGGGCGGGAAGGGAACGGUUGGCUCGGGAGGCAUAGGCGGCAUCGGUCUGAGGGGCUUGGGGGCGACAUGGAGCCGGGAGUCAAGGACUUCGGGGAGGCUCCCCGUUUAGUGGCCUCCUGCUCAUGGGAGGCCCCUCGGCGUUGCUUGGCCCAGAGCCUGCGUUUGGCCCAGGAGGGCCUCGGAGGCCCUGACAGUGGCAGCGGCGAUGGCCCGGAAGAGGAGGUUCUGGGGCCGCCGGUGCCGGGUGAGGAGCUUGUGCAUUUGAAGAGGAAAGUGGACAAUGAAGAUGAAGGUUCCUGCUUCCUAUACCUGAAGUGUAAUCCUUACAGAUGUGAAGAAAUAGUUUCACUUGGGAUUUUAAGCGAAGCCAGGAAUAUGGAAGUGUAUGCCAAAGAGGAAUAUUGUGGAACCAGCAGAGGAGAGAGUAUUUGUACUGUGCAGCAUAACAGUGAAGAGAUUACUUUAUAUAAGAAAUACCUAAAAUUAGAAUGUCCCACAGACUAUUGUAAAAUCAAGCUGCUCUCUUUUGGUGAUAAACAAAGUAUAUUUGUGAGUAAAAUUGUCGUCCAAGUAAGGGCCGUUUCUGCAAAUUCUUCAACAAGCUUUCCUGCUCUAGGAUCAAGAAUAGAUCUAGACAGAGUUCAAACUAUGAUGGAAUCCAUGGGGUCAAAAUUAUCACCAGGUGCUCAACAACUCAUGAACAUGGUUCGAUUUCAACAACGGAAUUGUAUUCCUUUUGGAGAGCAACUUCAGUGUAUUUUGGGAAAGAAAGAACCAGCUGUUUUUGGAGAUGAAUAUAUGCUUGAUGGAUUGCACAAGUCAACAGCUUCAGGAGUAUUAGACAAGUCAUCCACUAUACCCCUUCCUUUUAAGUCUGGAUUGACAUCUGGAGCAGUCACUGAAGAAAUAAAGGCUUACAUUGACAAAAACACAGAACUACCUAUUAGAGGAAAUAUAGGAAGUAUUCCAGAUCUUGAAGAAUGUAAAAGUAUACAACAAAACAAUAUUCUUCCUGAAAAUGAUCUUAAAAUUUUAGUAUCUUCUUGGUUGCAAAAGAAAGCAAAUGAUAACUCAAAUAUACCUAGUUCUGAGCUGCUUCCUUUUCUUCAAAACUUGUGUAGUCAAGUAAACCAUCUCCGUGUAGGAGACAAGAAUAAGCCUCAGGGAAACAAUACGAAGCCAAAUGAAGGCAUUAUAAGCAUUGGAGUAGAACAGCAGCCUAUUUGUUCCUACUUGGAAAAGAUAAUUUCUAAAAAUAUGGAACUCAUGGAAAAGAAACUUAUGGACUACAUUGACCAGCGUAUGUACAAACUCCAAGAGCACAUAGAUAAUAAAAUUGUUCUGUUAAUGGACUUGCUGCAAAAUCCCAAUUCCACAUCUACCCGUGUGACACAAGAACAUUACGAUUCUGGAGAGAGACUUUCAAAUGGCGAGCGAUAACUCAGUAUUGUUAUGAACAACUGAUACCUAUUAGGCAUAUGCACACAAAACCCAGACCUCCAGAAGGUUUGGAGGGAAAUGAUUCAGUUUGAUAUCCUUCCAAAGGUUAUUAUCUGGUUAACAUGAAACAACCUCAGUGUUCACGUUUUAUUGCACUUGUUACUGUAAUUCUCAGUAUUGUACACUAAAAGUUAACCUGCUAGUGUCAUAAGAUUUUUACUAGCAGUAUUUUUCACUCUUACAAGACCUUACUUCUGUGGCUUUAUUCCUUAAAAAGAAGCUGUUUUAAAAGAGCCACUUUUAGAAUUCAACACAAUUUACUGUGAUCUCGAUAUGCCCUUUAAAGAGAGGAACAUUUUUCUAUUUAUAUAAAUAAAGACCUUAAUUGUUUUGUAAUUUUUAAAGUUCUGAAAAACUGCUUAAAAAAGAUUUGAUUGAUGUGUUGGUUUUGUGCUGUUUCUAAUUGAAUUUUAUUGGAAAACUGAAUAUUCUCAGACAUGGGGACUUUGGUUUAGAUGACCAUCUUAAACCUAGCAUGGUAUGGGUUACUUGAGACAGAAAACUAUAUCUAAUGUUUGGUAUAUGUAAAAUUAAUUAACCAUGGGGUCAUUAAUCAAUCUUCAAGCCAUGUAGGUUGGAAUAGGGCAGGAGAAAUCAUUAUUGGUAUCCCCAUUGGUAGGAUUAUUAUUUGACUCUGGUCAUCGUUAAAUAAGUUCAUUGUCUGUGAUGUUAAUUUGUGCUUGCUAAUUCUAACCCUGUUCUUGAUGGGUGGGCAAAGUGAGGGUCUCUUUAUAUGCAGGGUCAGGUUCCUUCUUCCACAGAUAUUUGCUGAAGUGGUUAAAUAUGAAAUGCUACUUUGUAGCAUUAUCAGGGUUUAAGUUAAUGGAGUUGGGGCAUUGAAAGUCUCUUUGGGACACAUAAUUUCCAGAAUUUACUACUAGUGCAUACGUUUAAGAAAAUAUAUUCAUUUCUAAAAACAAAUCUGUUCAUUCUGAAAACCACUUAAUCUAAAUGAAUUGGAAUCCCCUAUUGCAUAUAUUUGAAUGGUAGGUAAUAUUUUUGCUUAAGGUAAUUUGACUCCCUUUUUAGUGAGAUAUGAUGUUUUUUCUUGGUUAAUACUUUUGUUGAGUUAGUUCCUUAAGCAAGGGCUAUAUGAUUAUAAGGCCUAUAUAUAGGAUACUUACUAUAGGAUGUUCUAUAAUUAAAACAGUAAAACCCAAACAAUAAAAAAACUUUUUCCAGCACAUACUAUUGUGAGUUAGAUUUUGAAAUUAAAAGUAAUGUAGGGAGAUAUGGUAGAGAGACUUCUUAAAAACUCUUAGUCUAAUUUUGUACUUCAAACUAUUUGGAGAAAUGAAUCUGUUUUCAUUAGAAUGUGUGAAAAAACAAAAUGCAGAGAGUAACCAACUCUCUUGUCCUUUUUGUGUGCAAAAUACCUUACCAAAAAUAACUGUAUUCAUCUUUUGGAUUGUAUUUAUUUGAAAUAGUCUUGGCAUUAUUUAUUAUAAAUUAUAUGUAUUUUUACCAAGAAUUUUGGUGAAUUUGACUCCUGUAGCAUUAAUGGGGAUAUGGAUUUCUUUGUAAAACAGUAUAGUGGGCUGUUCAAUUUAAGGUAUAUCUUACCGCUGUUUCAUUAAAUGAAAUAUACUUUUACCAAA